AUUGAUCCAUACGUUUCCUCUAUAAAUGCACAUGUUCACAGUUAUAUGUAGUUUUGUAACCUGCAUAAGCUUUUAAGUCUGUGUAUAAGUUUACUUUAUUCAUCGACCAAACAAAACAAUUUAAAUGAAAACACAAAAUCUCAAAUCUUGAACAAAAGGCGCAGCAAGAAGAAUAAUCUUAUAUAUUCUGCCCCUCUUUCACAAGACAUGAAUUAACAAAGCAAAUACAAAUAAAUACAAUUAUGAUAGCUGCAGGCCACAGCCCCUCACAUACCUCUAUUGGUUCUUAUGUUACAGUUCAUUUUCUAGAGUGUGUGUGUCUCAGCUGCUGUUCAACCCCCCCCCCCCACGGGCUCCUCACCCCUCUCUCCCCUGUUGGUCCAUUGUUCUGUGUUUGAUGGGUUAUUAUGACCACAGUCAAUCCAGCAGAGGUGAAAAACAGUCAUUCUGGUCAGGUCCUUCAAAAUAAAAUGUUGCCCACACUUCAUUGUUUGUCAGGUCUUUGUGGCUUUUAAGCAUCUCUUUGUGGUUGUCCCGAAUUUUUUUUGUGGUCAUCUAACUGAAUUAACAAAAAACUUUAAUCGUCACUAACCGCAGAUGCUCCUAUAUACCCUUGGAACCUGAGGCCUGUGCACAAUAGGCCCGUGCUGGGAUUUAUCCAUGUGCAGGGGCAAAAGACAUUAGGCCCUCAAUGGGAUUAGUCCUGAAUAUAGUUGUAUAGAUAAGUCUCUAUUUUUAUAGAGUUCCUGUAUUACAAUGACACCAAAUCCAUUAUCUAUACUGCUUAUCCUUUGAGGGGGAGCCGUCGGUGACAAUUUUACAUUUUGUAUUUAUUAGUAAGCUGGUCUAUUUCCGUGUUGAAUCUUUUAUUUCUGUGCCGUAGGAGGACUAGGAAAGUCUUAAAGACAUUAAAGAAUCUUGAAAUUUUUAUCCUAAAACAUUCUCAUAACAACUCCAAAAUUCACCUCAUUGUUUUUUUCAUUCUUUAAAAUUGGUAAAUUAUCUCACCAAAGCUAUUAUUAUAGCCAAUUAUGUGAUACAUCGUGUAAGUAUCACAUCAGACUAAACUAGGGCCAAAUUCCUUGUAUGUUGUACUCAUACAUGGCAAAUAAAGCUGUUUCAAAGGCAAUACACACAAUUGCUUUUAUUAUUGCAGGACUGUUGUAGUAGAGACAACUAACUGCACCUAAUAAAUGCUCAUUUUCAAAAAUAGUUAUUUGUGUAUUUCUACAUCUGGUCUGCUCCUUUGUUGAUACAUGUGAACCUUUAUUCUGAAAAGACUAGGUGUUCCGGCACAGUGUGAGGACACUGAGGAUCGGGAGUGUCCCGUUCACACGCUCCACCAGCGGAUCACAGGAGCAGCAAACUAACCGAACGCGGUGGAUGGAAACUUUAUGUCCGGAUGCGUCUUUUUGUUGCACCUAUCCGGGGAAACUGUUUUUAACAGACUGACGAUCCGGGACAUUGUUCCGGUUUUGACUUUUCAUCUGAACCGGCCACUCACUCACUCAUCCAUCACUAAGCCGCUGCACCCACAGUCUGAGAGGCUGGUUUAAAAUCACCCCCUCCUCUGGUGUGUGGCUGAGCCCCGUGGACAAGAUGGACCCCCGGCUCUCUGUCCGUAGGUACCCGCUGCUGGUGCUGCUCUGCGCGGCCGCUGCCCUGUCGGGGACCCGGAGCCCCGUGGCUGCAGCGGGGAGGAGCUGCGCCGACACCCGGCAGGUGUACGCGGAGAAGGGCUACGGCACAGACACCGCUCCGCUGACUCAAAUCUCCGGUGAGCACCUGCGGCUCUGUCCUCAGGACUACACCUGCUGCUCCAGUCAGAUGGAGGAGACGCUGGCCCUCCAGAGUGAGAGGGACUUCAUGAAAGCCGUGGAAGAAAACAGCCAGUUCCUGUUGACCACCUUCAGCCAGAGACACCGCAGAUUUGACGAGUUCUUCAGGGAGAUCAUCGACCUCUCGGAGAAGUCUGUGAACCAGAUGUUCACCAAGACCUACGGCCUGCUCUUCACCCAAAACGCACACGUCUUCCAGGAGCUGUUUGUGGAGCUGCGCAGAUAUUACUCUGGGGGCAGUGUCAGUCUGACCGAGGUUCUGUCAGACUUCUGGUCCAGACUCGUGGAGCGGGUCUUCUCUCUGGUCAACCCUCAGUAUCAGUUCAGCGAGGACUACCUCGAGUGUGUCAGCAAACACACAGAACAGCUGCAGCCGUUUGGAGACGUGCCCCGCAAACUGCGAGUACAAGUAUCCAGGGCUUUCAUUGCAGCCAGAGCUCUAUCUCAGGGCCUGGCUACAGGUCGGGAUAUCGUUAACAAAGCAACUAAGUUGACAGCAGACUCCGAGUGUGUGCGUGGCCUGAUGCGUCAGUGGUACUGCCCUCUGUGUCGAGGGCAGCCCUCCCUGCGGCCCUGCCACUCCCUGUGCCUUAACGUGAUGAAGGGCUGCUUAGCCAAUCAGGCCGACCUCGACACCGAGUGGAAUAAUUUCAUUGAUGCUCUUUACCAGGUUUCAGAGAAGUUGGAGGGGCCGUUCAACAUGGAGCUUGCAGCCGACUCCAUCUCUGUGAAGGUGUCAGAGGCUAUCAUGCACAUGCAGGAAAACAGCGUCACCAUCUCCACCAAAGUGUUCCAGGGCUGUGGAAACCCCCGACCGACUCCAGGACGGACUCAACGCUCACCGAAAGAGUCCGGGGGAAACAGGAGGCCGUUCCGCACCUACAGCCCGGAAGAGAAACCCACCACUGCUGCAGGCACCAACCUGGAUCGACUGGUUACCGAGCUGAAAGAGCGACUGCGGCCGAUGCAGGGCUUCUGGGUGUCCCUCCCACACACCACCUGCAACGAUGAGAGGCUGGCUGCCGACGUCACUAAUGAGGAGCGCUGCUGGAACGGGCAGACCCGGGGGAGGUACCUGCCGGACGUGACGGGGGACGGGCUGGUCAGCCAGAUCAACAACCCAGAGGUGGAGGUGGACAUUGCGCGGCCGGAUGUGAGGACCAGACAGCUGAUCAUGGAGCUGAGGGUGGCGACCAACAAACUGCGACAUGCUCAGAGCGGACAAGACAUGGACUUCAUGGACAGUGAGGAGGGCAGUGGUUCAGGGGGAGGGGAUUACGGUGAAAGGUACAAUGAUGACUGGCCGGGCUAUGGGCCUAACUCUCCCACUUAUAACAAACCCCCUCGUAACCCGGACUCCAACCCUGCAAAGCCUCCUCGGGUCCGAGAGAAAGGCGGCUCCAAGUGGAACAGGAACAACGGCCAUGGACGGGUUCGUUCGGGGACCAGCGGGCUCACGUCCUCGCUGCUAUCUUUGUGUUCUUUCCUGGUUACUGCUGGCCCCAUGUGGAGAUAACCGGUUAUUACAGAGUAGAGGUUUUCUGUCUAACUGAGUCUCAAGCACAUUGUUGAACAAAAUAAGUCAUUCCAUUUUUUUACACCAGCGAAAAACAAAAACAAAGAUAAAACAGGUUAAUUUAGCAAUAAUCAAAAAACCUGUUUACAGCACAAAAUAAAAAGGUAAAAGUUAAUAUUUUUCCUACUGCCCAAGCCACAAAAGAGGCAAUACCGCAUGAUAAAAACGAAUACUAAAUCAAUACGUACUGCCCUUUUUUUAGUGCCAUUUGUUGGAGAUGUUUGACCUGUUGGAGUCAUGAGCCGGGCUGCAGCAUAGAGGUGGAACUAAAGUACUGAAACAGCAAAAGGAAUGAGCAGCAUGUGUGGGUGACGGAGUCGGUGAUCUCAUGGUCUGGGAGAGAGAGAGAGAAAGAAAGAGAGAGGGAGAGAUUAGUGGAGCUGGUUGAUUACUGUGUAGUUUCAAUGAGCAGCUGAAAUGGUUCGAGUGCAUUUGUUUGCUGCCUUUUCUCACAAAAUUAAGUUGAUUCAUGUUUUUGAUUUGAUUUCUUAUUGUGGUUCAUUUUUUUCACUUUUCAUCUU